CUGUGAUGAGUGCAAUUUUUUUUGUUGUGACUUUCUCAAAUGAUUUUGUAGUGAAAAAAUAUCCAAUUAGAUUGAAUUUUAAUCGAAUUUUGUUAAUAAAUUUAUAUAAAACAUAAAAUUUAAUCUUCACUGAGUGUAAUUAAGUAUUUGCAUUGUUGAUUUUCAACCGAAUUCACAGUAAAAUGAUCAAUUGAAAAAUUUGUCGGUUCUUGGAUUUUUUCCAUUCGUGACGUUUCCUCCCCUUUUUUCUGAAUUUUUCUUCAUUUUUAUUUUAUUUUUAAUUCUCUUCCCAUCCAUGUUCCCUCGCCGUUUUCAGAGAUUCUCAUUCUUUCAACUUGCAACAACAAAGAACAAGAAGAAGCAGCACCAGCAGCGCUGAUCAAUUGGUGGUGCCGAUAGCUGAGCUGAGCUGAUGCCAAUUGGGAGCCUAUCAUAAUUUUGGUUUUCGACGAACAAUAAAUUCUUUGAUAUAUUUCUCAAUCAAAUCAAAAGAAAGCGAAGCAAAUUCUGUGUGUUAUCAAUAAAAAUAUAAUUAUCAACGAAAAAUUCAGAUUGUGUGUCGGUGUCAGUGUCGGUUGCGGUGGCGGUGUCGGUGGUGUCGCAUUUAAGAGUCUGUUCUAUGUUGCCAACAGCAAUUUCCAGUAGUAAAUCCGCCAAAGAGGAACUAACAAAAUGGUUCCAUUGAAAGACAACAUCGAUCUGGAGUGUUUCCUGGUCACGAAACACUCGUGGAAGGGCAAAUACAAACGUAUUUUGUCCAUUGGCACUGCUGGUGUCUCCACUUACAAUCCGGACAAGUUCGAUUUGACCAAUCGUUGGUCUUAUUCUGAUAUUGUUGCUGCCGUACCUAACAAAGCAUCAAGUAUACCCAAUGAAUUUGUGCUGACAAUAAAGAAAGAUAAAAAGCUUGACACAAUUAAGCUCUCCUCAGAGUAUCGCAAUGAUAUUUUGAGUUCAAUACUCAAGAACUACAAGGAAUUCGCUGAAAAGCCUAAAAAUGUUCAAAGAUUUCAAGCAUACAAGUAUCAUUGGUCGGGCAUCAGUUUGCCGGCUACAUUGGAAGUUACACCAUGUUCAUUGGAUCAACUGGAUCCCACGACCAACGAAGUACUCGCCAGCUAUAUGUACAAAGACAUUGAGGGAAUCAUAGCAGGCAUUCAGGACUAUGAAGGUGGCAUUGUUAUGGCCUAUGGUGGCUUCUCACGUUUACAUUUAUUCAAAGCUUUAAAUCAUCAUGAAAUCGUACAGAAUAUUGCCCAACGAUCAUCACAAUUUUUGGGUAUUGAAACGAAAAUAUUAAAAAGUCAAAUAACUUUAGAGCAAUUUGAAAGACAAAGAUUUGGUAAAUAUAGUGGAGAUCAAUUCCAAACAUCAAUGACUGAAUUUACAGUUCAAAAAGUAACUCCACGCCAUCCAGAACCAGUGAAACGAAUCUUAUGUCUUACAGAGACUACAGUACUUGAACGUGAUCCACAGACUUAUAGUGUAUGUACCCUCCGACCACUUGUUGAUGUAUUCGCUCUCAUUCGAGAUAAAGACAACAUUCAACAAUUCUGCAUCGAGUACAAAAACGGCAUUGUUCGCAAAUAUAUUACAAACGACCGAGACUCUCUACUAGCAACCGUCUUGGAUGCAGUUCGUUCAAGUGGCAAUCAAGAUGUACACGUCCGCAUAACAAAUACACCGCGAGGCAAACGUUUUGUUCCCCUAAAUAGUUGUGUAGAUGAAGAGACUGAAGCGAAUCUCCUUCGUUUGGUGAUAAAUAAUUUCCAAAAUCCCACAAGACGAUAUGAGAUUCUCGAAAAAUUCAACGCCAACAUUCCUCACAGUGGCCUCAAGUACAGUGUUACACAGGAUAGUUUAUUUGCAGAAAACAAGGAGAAACUUAUUCUAAGUGCUUUGCAGGCUUUGGCUCAGAAAGAAUUAGACAAUCCAACAGCUCAGCUGACGAAUCUAGAACUAGAAGCUAUAUUCCAUGGGUUGACACGGCUGCUGGCAAGCAAAGUUGGAUAUGCUGCAUUCACAAAUCUAGCAGGCUUCCGCGAAAUAAUUGGCACAAAAAUCGUGGCAUCAUUGCGUCGAAAAGACUUGGCGGUCACUUAUUCAGCCAUUGAUAUGAUAAACUCACUGAUGCAUUCUAUGAACGCCGAUCAUGACUUGAAACAGGAACAGCUGAAUAAGUCGUCUAUUCUCUCGUCGAAGGGGUUCCUUGAGACUUUGUUGAACAUGUGGACAAAUCAUGUGAGUCAUGGUAGUGGGGCUCUGGUGUUGUCGGCUAUGUUGGAUUUCCUUACUUUCGCUUUGUGUGUCCCAUACAGCGAGACAACCGAUGGCAAACAGUUUGAUAUGCUCCUUGAGUUGGUUGCCGAGCGAGGAAGGUAUCUGUACAAAUUAUUUCAACACCCAUCACUGGCCAUUGUCAAAGGAGCUGGCCUCGUGUUGCGUGCCAUCAUCGAAGAAGGAGAAGUGCCAGUUGCUAAGCAAAUGCAAACUCUUGCUCUAGAUGAGGCAGCCCUGUGUCGUCACUUGUUGGUGGCCUUGUACACCCCGCCGAAUGAUCCUACCUUGGCAACCCAUCGACAGCUGUCACGUCAUUUAAUUGGCCUAUGGAUAACCGACAAUGAAGAAGCAAUGGAACUUUUCAAAAGAGUUUUUCCUGCUGGUCUGUUGAUGUUUCUUGAAAGUGAAGAUGCAGUUCCAGAAACCGAUGUCGAAGAAGAUAAAUUAAAUUUCCGUGAUAAUCUCAAAUUUGCAAUUCAACAUUCCAAUAAAACUAAGAAAAAUGUGAUUGGAAAGCAUUUAGAGGGUAUUAAGCAUUGGGGUUUAAAUUUAAUUGAUCAUCAAGAGAAUCCUACUCAAGCUUUAAAAAAUCGCCCAGUUGUGUUGCGUAAUCGACGACAGAAAAAGAAAACAGGAGAUUCUGUUGUUAAUUUGCCUUAUUUUUUUUACAAUUUUGCCAGAGAUCAUAGUUUACCAAAUUUAAUUUGGAAUCAUAAGACAAGAGAAGAACUGAGAAUGUGUUUAGAAAACGAACUUAGACAAUUUAUAAAUGAUCGUGAUUUAGCUGGAACUUUGAUUGUCGCAUGGAAUUAUCAAGAAUUCGAAGUGCAAUAUCAGUGUUUGGCAGAUGAAAUUCAAAUUGGAGAUUAUUACAUUCGUUUAAUUUUGGAGAAAGAUGAUUGGCCACAAAAUCUCGUUAAGGACCCAGUGGAACUUUUCAACGCUCUUUAUCGACGAGUUUUGUGUCGCAAUCGUGUUAACGAUGAUCAGUUAACAGUAACGUCACUCCAAGCUUUAGCUAAAGUCUACAAACGUUACCACCAAGAAAUUGGAAAAUUUAGUGAUAUGACAUACAUCCUGCAGCUCAUUGAUAGAUGUUUAUCACCAUCUUUGAGAGAUGCUCUCAUUGGUUUAGUAUCAUGUUUGGUUUUAGAAAAAUCAAAUUGCCGAGCACUUGUUGAUCAUGUGCAAUGCCUUGUUGAUUUAAUAACUUUAGCUCAUCUGCACAAAGGUCGAGCGCAACCAAAUACAAAAACCAAUGUAAUUGAGGCUGGUCCCAAUAUGCAUGCGUACGAAGAAAAAGAUUGGUAUUAUAAUAUUGAAAAAGAUGGCAUGAAACCAGAACGUCAAGGACCAAUCACAUAUUCUGAGUUGAAAGAACUCUGGAAUAAAGGAGGUAUUACACCAAAAACCCGAUGUUGGGCAAUUGGUAUGGAUGGCUGGCGUUCACUUCAACAGAUUCCUCAACUUAAAUGGUGCCUUAUCGCCAAAGGAAGUCCAAUCCUUAACGAAACCGAAUUGGCCUCAACUGUUCUUGAUAUCUUAAUCAAAUGCACUAGUUUCUUUCCAAGUCGCACACAAAAUGGAUCUGCGGUACUUAUACCCGGGCCAAAAUUAUCGAGGAAGCUUUCAGAGUUUAUAUGUCUACCUCAUAUAGUUCAAGUGUGUUUAACUCAUGAUCCUGGUUUGCUUGAGAGAGUUGCAUCCUUACUUUGUCAAAUUAUGGAGGAUAAUCCAGAAAUGCCAAAGGUCUAUCUAACUGGUGUAUUCUACUUUAUGUUGAUGUAUACUGGCAGCAAUAUUCUUCCCAUUACCAAGUUCCUUAAGAUGACUCACAUGAAACAAGGUUUCCGAAGUGAAGAGACUUCACAAUCUGGAAUAAUGCACCGCAGUAUACUUGGUCAACUUCUUCCCGAAGCAAUGGUCUGUUUUCUAGAAAACUACAGCGCUGAGAAGUUCGCUGAGAUUUUUCUUGGUGAAUUCGAUACACCUGAAGUAAUUUGGAGUUCAGAAAUGCGUCGUUUGUUAAUCGAAAAGAUCUCCGCUCAUAUUGCCGAUUUUACACCUCGACUCAGAGGUCACACAAUGGCGCGAUAUCCUUAUCUAGCAAUCCCGGUUAUAAGCUAUCCACAGCUGGAGAAUGAACUUUUCUGUCAUAUUUACUAUCUGAGACAUUUGUGUGAUACACAGAAAUUCCCCAAUUGGCCAAUUUCUGAUCCAGUGCAACUGUUGAAACACACUCUGGAUGCUUGGCGUAAGGAAGUCGAGAAGAAGCCACCGCAAAUGACAAUUCAACAGGCUUAUGCCGACUUGGGAAUUGAUGUGAACAAGAAUGCUAGGCCCGAUGAAUCUCUGAUAAGGAAGAGCUACUAUCGACUGGCGCAGAUGUACCAUCCGGAUAAGAAUCCAAAUGGAAGAGAAAUCUUUGAAAAAGUCAACCAAGCCUAUGAGUUCUUGUGCUCACGAUCAGUAUUGAGUAGUGGCGGCCCAGAUCCUAAGAACAUUGUAUUGAUUCUGAGGACACAGAGUAUACUCUUUGAUAGAUAUCCAACUGUGCUUCGACCUUAUAAGUAUGCUGGCUAUCCACAACUGAUCAAGACUAUCCGUUUGGAAACCAGAGACGAUCAGCUCUUCUCAAAGGAAUGCGAGCUAUUAACAGCAUCAUCUGAGCUCUGCUACCACACAGUUCAUUGUUCAGCUCUGAAUGCCGAAGAAUUACGCCGAGAAGAGGGUAUCGAAGCUCUCCUCGAAGCCUACACCCGGUGUGUUUCGAUAAUGGGUGUCGAUUCAAAACCAGAGUCCCUUCAUUACCAAGUCAUUUCCAAUGUGACUAAGUGCUUUGAAGUUGCAUGCAAAUUCGAGAACUGCAAACAAAAGAUCAUUCAACUUCCUCAGCUUUUGUCCGACGUCUGUCGGGUUGUAUAUUUCAAACACACACUUUCAGUUAGCCUUGUGACUAAUUUAGCAGCAAAUAAUUACGAAUUGCAAUGUAAUUUAGUGCGCAAUGGCGUUCUAUGGUCAUUGCUACUGUUUUGUUUUGAAUACGAUUACACUUUGGACGAGAGUGGCGUUGAAGCAAGUGAUAAAACAAAUCAACAACAAGUUGCAAAUAAUCUAGCUAAAAUGGCUGUAUUAGCGUGUAUAGCUUUAGCUGGCUAUGGUCUCGAUGCUAUUGAACCUGGGCGGCAAAAUAGCACCGAACAACAACAAACGACACCACCUCCAAAGACAUCAGCAUCAGCUUCAGUCUCAGCAUCAUCAUCAUCAUCAACAUCGACAGUGAUUGCAACAACUUCAAAGGCAUCAUCCCCAUCAUCAUCCUACACACAAAAUGCUCACAAUGUGAUUGCCUCAAAGCAAUUGGCUCUGACUGAUGCCAGUACGUCUGCGAUUUCAAAGCAAGAUUCAAUUGAUAAGAAGUCAUUGAGUGAGAAUGAUUCUGGGUCACCGAUUGAAAAGGAAAAAGAAAAUGUCGUUAAUAAACAGAAAUAUGUGAUAAAUAGUGAAGCGCAGAAUGUUAUAGUUAAACAAAUACUCGAUAAGCUUUUAACAGCUUAUAUUGCUAAUAAAUUAGCCAAGGAAAGAGCAAGUGAUGUUUUGAAAAUUUUAACAUCAAACACAAGAAGUCCCUAUUUGAUAUGGGACAAUGGAACCAGAGCGCAGCUUAUGGACUUUCUAGAACAACAGCGCACACAAUCUACUAAGGAAUCCUAUGAGGAUAUUGCGAUGGUGCACGAAGUCGCAAAAGAUUUUGAAUAUGAUGCUCAUAAAAACGAACUCCAAAUCGGUGGCGUAUUCAUUCGCAUUUACAAUGAAAUGCCCACUUAUCCUAUUGUCAAUCCUAAAUCCUUCAUUAUCGAUCUACUCGAAUAUCUAAAACAAACCUAUAAAUUCCUCACGGCCAGUAAAAACAAAAACAAUCCACAAGUUAUCACCACAACCCUCGAUGGAAUUCUCCAGCCCACUCUUGCUCCAAAUCAUCCACAAUUGCAAGAUAAAAAAGGCACAACAAUCGAUGAUGUUCUAAAUGCAUACAACCGUUCGAAAAAUCGUAAAAAGAUCGAAACCAUAAACAGCAUUGAUGAGCAAGCUCGAAAUAAGUACAAAUAUAGCUUUGAAGAAGAUCAAAAUAUCGAAGCACACACAAUAAUGGUUUUGCGGGCGCUAAUAUCUGUGAUAAAAACUAACGCCGAAGUAGAUAUCCAGUGUAUUGGUCAUUUUGAUAUGAUCUUUGGCUUUUUGGCUAAUAAUAUCUUUAGUGAUAACACAUUGGUUAAGUCAGUUGCUCUGGAAGUGGUGGCAUUAGUUUCACGUAACAAGGAAUGUGUAAGUGAAAUUGCUGCUUGUGAGAUACUUGGCAGCUUCUUAGUGGCUCUUCGUGAUCCCGAUCUUCGGGCAAGUCAAGUUAAAGUCCUUGAAACACUAUCUGGCCUUAUGAAUGUACAGGAAAUGAUUAAGGAAGCCCAAAACAAAGGCGCCGUUAUCUACCUCCUCGAUAUGUUCUGCAACUCAAGAAAUCCACAAAUUCGAGAACUUUGUGCUGAAAUUAUGUCAAAAAUGACAGCGGAUCGUUUAAGUGGACCCAAGGUUCGUAUAACAAUAUGUAAAUUCCUGCCGCCAUUAUUCGUGGACGCGAUGAUUGAAUCGCCACAAACAUCUGUCCAAUUAUUUGAGUCAAUUCACGAACAUCCUGAAUUGAUAUGGAAUGAUACAACUCGAAGUCGAGUCUGUGAUGCUGUGGGAGAUAUGUGUGGAGGAUUCUAUAAAUCUCAAAAAGUCAAUUCUAAAAUUCUUUGGAAAGAUCCUGAAAUUCUCAAAGAUAUUGUCAUAAAUGAAGUUGUCGUGGCUGGAGUAUAUUUGCGACUAUUUGUUAGUAAUCCUGCGUGGACACUGCGCAAACCAAAGCAAUUUUUAUCCGAUUUAUUAGAUUUUGUUGUGGAUCAAAUUAGUAAAAGCUCCUCAGAGAAAGACGUUCUUGAUCUCUCAACAACCGCCCUUGUUGAACUCCUUCGAUCUCAACCCAAUCUAGCAGAUGAAAUCCCAGUUCUUGGUCAUAUACCAAAGCUCUUUAAUUUGCUAACCGUUCAACCAAAAUAUACAUUAUCAGUAUUACAUCAAAUUUCAUUAUCUGAGUUUUGUGUGAGUGCUGUUUCACAAACCGAAUGUAUACUGCCGCUAAAAAAGUGUAUGGAAUACCACAGGGAUUGUAUUGAAAAGGCUUGUGAGACUCUAAGUCGCCUCUUCAAGUAUAAGCAUGAUUCAUUGAUAAGUCAAUCAUUGGAAGUACGUUUGAUAGAAUUCCUAUUGACACUUCUCGAAAGCCGUUUGGAAUUUAUUGACAAUCCAUCAACUGUAAAAGCUCAAAUAGUCGCUGCACUAAAAGGGAUGAUGCAUAAUUUGAAUUACGGUGAGCGUGUUAAACUGAUUCUAGAAAAGCAUGAUGUCUGGAAAGAGUUCAAAGAUCAACGACAUGAUCUAUUUAUAACUGACACAAAUGUCAGAGGCUAUUUGACAGGAAUAAAUCCAACAGCUGGGUACCUAACGCAAGGAUCUGCGCAAAAUGUUGAAGUUGUAACAACACCACCACCGAUGGAUCGUGAUGAUCCAUCAGCAAGGCCUUCUGAAUAAUAUUUAAAACUUGUUCCGUUUAAAACUGGAUUAGUUAGAGAUUUAGAAUUUUUAUCUUAUAGUUUUGUUUCUAGAUAUUUAAGCAAUGUCCUUCUAAGAAAAAGGGUAAAAAGAAAAGAUUAUGAACUUAUAAAAAUCCCACUCGUAUUAUUGAUAACAAAGAAACACAAAUAAAAAUAAAAGAAAUGAUCUUGCGCUAUUUUUCCUUCCUUCCUUUUUAUCAUUCUUUUCCUAUCACAGUUUUUUUCUUUUGAAUAUUAUUCAUUUUUUAAUUAAGAUAUAAUUUCAUUAUUGCCAAGAUAAAUGAUAAAGUAAAGUUUAAAAAAAAAAACAA